AUGAGGCGGCUGCCCUCCACCAGCGAAGGCCGAGACAGUGAUCGCAUACUUUAUGAGGAGGAGUUCCAGGGCCAGGCUUUAGGAGUCACAUGGGCCCAGGCUUUAGGAGUCACAGGGGCCCAGGCUUUAGAAGUCACAGGGACCCAGGCUUUAGGAGUCACAGGGGCCCAGGCUUUAGGAGUCACAGGGGCCCAGGCUUUAGGAGUCACAGGGGCCCAGGCUUUAGGAGUCACAGGGGCCCAGGCUUUAGGAGUCACAGGGGCCCAGGCUUUAGGAGUCACAGGGGCCCAGGCUUUAGGAGUCACAGGGGCCCAGGCUUUAGGAGUCACAGGGGCCCAGGCUUUAGGAGUCACAGGGGCCCAGGCUUUAGGAGUCACAGGGGCCCAGGCUUUAGGAGUCACAGGGGCCCAGGCUUUAGGAGUCACAGGGGCCCAGGCUUUAGGAGUCACAGGGGCCCAGGCUUUAGGAGUCACAGGGGCCCAGGCUUUAGGAGUCACAGGGGCCCAGGCUUUAGGAGUCACAGGGGCCCAGGCUUUAGGAGUCACAGGGGCCCAGGCUUUAGGAGUCACAUGGGCUCAGGCUUUAGGAGUCACAGGGGCCCAGGCUUUAGGAGUCACAGGGGCCCAGGCUUUAGGAGUCACAGGGGCCCAGGCUUUAGGAGUCACAGGGGCCCAGGCUUUAGGAGUCACAGGGGCUCAGGCUUUAGGAGUCACAGGGGCCCAGGCUUUAGGAGUCACAGGGGCCCAGGCUUUAGGAGUCACAGGGACCCAGGCUUUAGGAGUCACAGGGGCCCAGGCUUUAGGAGUCACAGGGACCCAGGCUUUAGGAGUCACAGGGGCCCAGGCUUUAGGAGUCACAGGGGCCCAGGCUUUAGGAGUCACAGGGGCCCAGGCUUUAGGAGUCACAGGGGCCCAGGCUUUAGGAGUCACAGGGGCCCAGGCUUUAGGAGUCACAGGGACCCAGGCUUUAGGAGUCACAGGGGCCCAGGCUUUAGGAGUCACAGGGGCCCAGGCUUUAGGAGUCACAGGGACCCAGGCUUUAGGAGUCACAGGGGCCCAGGCUUUAGGAGUCACAGGGGCCCAGGCUUUAGGAGUCACAGGGACCCAGGCUUUAGGAGUCACAGGGGCCCAGGCUUUAGGAGUCACAGGGACCCAGGCUUUAGGAGUCACAGGGACCCAGGCUUUAGGAGUCACAGGGGCCCAGGCUUUAGGAGUCACAGGGGCCCAGGCUUUAGGAGUCACAGGGGCCCAGGCUUUAGGAGUCACAGGGGCCCAGGCUUUAGGAGUCACAGGGACCCAGGCUUUAGGAGUCACAGGGGCCCAGGCUUUAGGAGUCACAGGGGCCCAGGCUUUAGGAGUCACAGGGGCCCAGGCUUUAGGAGUCACAGGGGCCCAGGCUUUAGGAGUCACAGGGGCCCAGGCUUUAGGAGUCACAGGGGCCCAGGCUUCGGGAGCAGGCCGGUCCUCGGCCGCGCGAAAGUGUCUGCGGUCGGCGCGUUUCCCCGGCCCGCCGCCGCGCCGCGCCACCGGCGCGAUGACCCACAAAAUGGCGGCGGCGCGUCUCCGGCCGGGAGUUGCGCAAGGCUGCCGCCUGGCGGGACUGUUCCCGGGACAUCCAGCCCACUAG